AUCGCCCUGUUAACGGUGUCAUGGCGGUUUGACUUGUUGAAGGUUUUUUUUGCAACAACUUAAUAGUUAAUGUGCUUUUUAGCAGUGUGAUCUUUGAUUUUUGUGUAAUAUAUCAAGUUAUUCAAAAUAGUUAAUAAUGCGCGAAUACAAAAUAGUCGUGCUAGGUAGCGGAGGCGUGGGAAAAUCCGCCCUGACAGUACAAUUUGUACAAGGCAUCUUUGUGGAGAAAUACGACCCCACUAUUGAAGACAGCUAUCGGAAACAAGUGGAAGUUGAUGGACAACAAUGUAUGCUCGAAAUUCUUGAUACGGCCGGCACAGAACAAUUUACCGCGAUGAGGGACUUAUACAUGAAGAAUGGGCAAGGAUUUGUAUUAGUGUACUCGAUAACAGCGCAAUCGACAUUCAACGACCUGCAGGACUUGCGGGAGCAGAUCCUGCGGGUUAAGGACAAAGAUGACGUGCCGAUGGUGUUAGUGGGCAACAAGUGUGAUUUGGAGGCGGAACGCGUGGUUGGCAAGCAACAGGGCGCUAAUCUGGCGAACCAUUUCAACUGCGUUUUUAUGGAGACCUCCGCGAAGGCUAAAAUCAGUGUGAACGAAGUGUUCUACGAUCUAGUGCGACAAAUCAACAAAAAAUCUCCCAAGGAAGAAAACAAAAAGAGAAUCAAAAAGCCGCUCACAUGUCAACUGCUGUAAGGAUCGCGGCGCUUCCGACGCAUCUAGAAGAGUCGAAGCUGUCGUUGAGCGGCGGAAGACUGUGCGUCAGCGUAUUGUCCAGCUUCCUCGCUUCAUGCUCCAAGGUGUAGGAGUCCAACGCUGGAUCCUAGGGAAACAUUAUUUUCACCUGUAAAUCUUUGUCUCAAACCAUUUCGAAUUAAUUCAAUAAACAAAGUCUUCCAUCGCGUAAUUUGAAACAUAAUUUCAUGACAAAUUAUUUUAAUAUUAGUUAGUAAAAUUCCAUUUCUUAAAUUGUAU